CUUUGCACAAAUGAGUGCUUUCGUGUACAUAUGUGGAAGCAACCCACAUAACUGCAGGUCUAUGUUGAUGGUGAAUUCAAUAUGGUCUUUGGGUUAGAAGAAAAGGUAUUCUCUCCUCCCUUGCCAUGUCAAGCCAGGUACCCGGAGGUCGUGGUGUCCCUUGCUUGCUUUCUCCUGCUCUUUCAUCGGCUGAAGCGGCGGGACGAGCUGCCGACGAACUGGCCGGUGAUCGGCGCGCUGCCGGCGAUCAUCGUGAACGCCGGGCACAUGCACGAGUGGAUCACGGAGUUACUGAGCGCGGCCGGGCUGUCGUACGUCAUCAAGGGGCCAUGGGGCUCGCCCAUAGACGUGAUCGUCACGGCCGACCCGGCGAACGUGGCGCACGUGUUCACGUCCAACUUCAGCAACUACCCCAAGGGGGAGGAGUUCGCCGCGCUAUUCGACGUGCUCGGCGACGGCAUCUUCAACGCCGACGGUGAGUCGUGGGCGUUCCAGAGGCGCAAGGCGCACGCGUUGCUGUCGGACGAGAGGUUCCGCGCCGCGGUCGCCGCGAGCACCGCGCGCAAGCUCCGAGAUGGGCUCGUGCCGCUCCUCGACUGCCUCGCCGCGUCGGGUGCGGUCGUCGACCUGCAGGACGUGUUCGUGCGCCUGACCUUUGACCUCACAGCGAUGUUUAUGUUCGGCCUCGACCCCGGCUGCCUCGCCGCGGACUUCCCGUCCGUCCCGUUCGCCACGGCCAUGGACGCCGUCGAGGAGGUCCUCUUCUACCGGCACAUAAUGCCCGUGCCGUGGCUGAGGCUCCAGUCGUUCCUAAAGAUCGGGCAUAGCAAUAAGAUGGCCAAGGCUCGGCAGGUGCUCGACGCGUCCAUCGCCGAGUUCAUCUCGCUCCGGCGAGAGCGCGCGACAGUCACCACCGGCGAGGACGACCAUGACCUGCUGAAGUCGUACCUGGCGUGCCAGGACGAGGUAGGCAAGGAGGGCGCCGAGUUCGACCGGUUCUUGCGCGACACGACGCUUAACAUCAUGGUCGCCGGCCGCGACACGACGAGCUCGGCCUUGACGUGGUUCUUCUGGCUGCUCACCAAGCACCCCGACGUGGAGGCCAAGAUCCUCGACGAGCUCCGAGCGCACCCGCCGUCCUCCGGCGCGGGACACCACACCGCCGCCGAGCUGAAGCGCCUGGUCUACGUGCACGCGGCGCUGUCGGAGUCGCUUCGGCUGUACCCACCGGUGCCGUUCGAGCACAAGGCCGCGGCGCGGCCGGACACGCUACCGAGCGGCGCGCGCGUGGGCCCGUCGCGGCGUGUUAUCGUCUCUUUCUACUCGAUGGGCCGCAUGGAGGCCGUGUGGGGCAAGGACUGCCUGGAGUUCCGGCCGGAGCGGUGGCUGACGGCGGCGGGACGGCUCCGUCACGAGCCGUCGUACAAGUUCGUGGCGUUCAACGUGGGGCCCCGGACGUGCCUCGGCAGGGACCUGGCGUUCGCGCAGAUGAAGGCCGUCGUCACCGCCGUCGUGCCGCGGUUCCGGGUGGAGGUCGACGCCGGCUUCGCGGUGCGGCCCAAGCUGUCCAUCAUACUCCACAUGAAGGACGGGCUCAAGGUGAGGGUGCAUAAGAGAGAAGAGGCUUCAUCAGCUUAGUUAUGUUACGUUAAUUUUCUUGCUUAAUGAUGUCUGUCACGUUUAUUUUAUGAAAAUAUUUACUGUCAAGUGUCAAGUUUGUAUGUAUAGGAGUUUGUGUGUAUUGCACAUUUGCACUGCAGAUCUAGGUGAUCGAUGAUGCUUGCAUGUCGCCAAUCCUGUGGCGUUUGAUCGGAAGUCAAGCCACAGCAAAUUAAUUCAUGCAUAAGCAUCAGCUCUGCAUCUGUGAUGGGGACCGUGUCUGAGAGGUCGAUUAUGUGAUGAAUGAAACGUAGAACGCAAAGGGGAAAACAACUCCACAAAGGGUGCGGACACGGACUAUAUCUUCAUCAAUCCCUCACUUGAUAUCUAUGUAUCCUACUAUUGUAUAAUUUUCACUACUUUUUAAUACGAAUCUCAACAUAAUAGCCCAUAAGCGCAUUAGAGCUAGUGAAAUGUUUUCCUCCAAAACAAAGGUUCUGUCGUUUGAUCCAUCGGUUCGAUUGGUCUGCAACACUUCAAAAACUCUCCAAGGAUUGGUUUUGCAAUGAACGAACUGGCAUCAUCAUCGUAGCGUCGCGCUCGAUCAGUGCAACCAGACACGACUGGUGAUAACGUUGCUA